UACACAGUACUAUCUUGAUAAUACAUAUAUCAAUUAUUUUUUAAUAUAACUUUAACUAUAUUCGGAGCUUGUAAAACAGACAUGUUUGGCGUACAGGAAGAUAGGCUAGCCUAAUUACACUACACAUAAGGCUAAGAAGGAGUAACGGAAACCAUGUAACCAUGGCGAAUCACAAAAACGACAAAAACACAGUAAUUGGGGAACAAAAUCAGUUAACCUCCAAAGAUGUUGCGACCUUCAAGACUGUUAUGGACUUGUACAACCAAAAGCAAUAUAAAAAGGGGUUGAAGACAGUGGAAGGACUGCUAGCAAAACAUCCAAAAUAUGGAGAAGCUUUGUCGUUUAAAGCGUUAUUUUUGUCCCACUUAGAGCCAUCACUGGAAAAUGAGAUCAUGGACCUUGCAAAAGAAGGACUUAAAAAUGACGUAAAAAGUUACAUCUGUUGGUACGUGUUAGGUGCUAUAUAUAAGCAGAGGAAACUGUACAAAGAUACGUUCAAGUGUUUCUCAAUGGCAUUAAGAAUAGAUCCAAAAAAUGAUAGGCUCAUGAAAGACAUAAGCGCCAUAGCUAUAGAAAUCCAUGAUUAUGUAUCUUUUAGGAAAAUGGCGAAACAAAUACUAGAAAUCAAACUUAAAUUUUACAAGGAGUGGAUGGCAUUUGCAUUUUCACAACACUUGUGUCAAAACAUAGAGGGAGCAUGUAGAGUCGCUCAAGAGGCCAACACCCUAUUCGACGGUAAGUAUGAAGUGGAACCAUUCGAACUUAGCUCGUCAAUGAUAUAUUGGGCAUCGAUUUUGGAAGAGUCGGGUAAAUACGAAGAAUGUAUCAAGGUACUCAAUGACAAGAAGAACCUGAUACUCGAUAACAUUAUGAGACUCGAGUAUAUUGGCCGUGCUGCAAUAAAAGCUAAAAUAUGGGAUGUAGCGCAUGAUGCAUAUGCACAGCUGGUAGAAGAAAACCCGGACAAUGCUAGAUACACUCUGCUGUUUAUCGCAACUCAUUGCAAUGUUAGAGUCAAAUCCAUAUUCCAGAUGCCUCUAAAACGUAAUAUAAUUAAUACUCCCGAUGAUGCAAAUCAAUCUCAAAGUGAUUCCAAUGUUGAAGAAGAAGAGGAAAAGUAUUUCGAGGAUGCAAUUUUAAAAGGAAUGCUUCCACCAAUCAUUUUAAGUGAAGAAAUACUGGACAUCGAAGGGGUGUACUCUACUAGUAACUGGUGUUAUGAAAAUACCAUCAACAGAACGUAUGACAAAUUUGUAAACGCAAUGCGACAGAAAGCAGAAACUAAAGUAGAUGCAACCAAUGAUGAAAAACUUUUCCUUGGAUGCUAUUGUUAUGGUGAUUAUGUCACCAAGAUCGCCAAAACAUUUGACAUUAAGGACCUUGAUGAUCCACAAACAGUAGACUUGCACGCUGCAGAAAGUAUACUCACAAACUAUUUUUCUGCAUAUCCCAUUGCAAGGAACACACUCUACACUGUAAGACCAAAAAUACAUCCAUGGUCCAGAUAUCCGUUAUAUAUAUUCACAAGGGACCUGACGUCAGAUGAAAGCAAUACGCUAUUGGAUGUUCUGAAUCUCAUUAAAAAGAACAAUUAUUUGGGUAACGCUUUGCAUCUAUCAUUUGUUGUAAACGACCAUAUUAAGACCUAUCAUGCUGUUAUCAAACCCCUCAUCGAAGCUGGUUGUCUGAGCAUUUUCAAGUAUUUUUCACACGCAUGUACUAUAAAUAUUGCUUAUCGUCUAUUGGUUCUGUUGGAAUGUUACCGGAGAAAUCUCAAAUCCGGGUUUUUAUUGGAACAUGGGAUCGAAACAUCAACUUCUCUUAUUGGUGAAACCAAACAUGAUAUAUCCGGCUACAGUAUACUGGCAAUCAGUCAACUGGAUGUCGUAAAUAUUUUUGCAGCAAGAAUAUAUGACUAUCUGGGACAAUACCAUAAAGGGUUGGACCUUUUGGAACAAACGAUAAAGACAUCACCAUUGGCGGUUGAUGCUUAUAUGAUGAUGGGAAAGAUCUACAAACAUUUAGGUGAUUUUGCAAAAAGUAAACAGGCAUACUGUAUGGCCUCCGAUAUUGAUCGAAGUGAUCGCCAGACUAGUUCAAAAGCUGCAAAAGCGCUACUCAGGGCUAGGGAAUUUGAAGCCAGCGUGCAUAAAUGGAAAUCUUUUUUGGUUGAGGAUGUCGGAAAACAAAAUGAUAAAGAUGCAAAGAAAAAUGAAAAGAAUGUGAAAACAAAGGAUGCCCCGCCAGAAGUAAAAAGCAUGAAAUUUGAAUUGAUGGCUGCAGAACAACAUUGUAACAUAUAUCUCGAAUAUUCCACAAGCAAGCCAAAGGGUCAUAAUAUCAAUGAAAGUGCAAUAGAGUCAUUGCAAAAGGCACAUGAUAUAUACAGCGCGAUCCUUGAAAGGCAGCAUGAAGUUUACAUGAACCAAUUGGAUUUUCACAACUAUUGUAUCAACAGGCUUCAGUAUCAAACAUAUUAUAUAUUCAAUCAAAUAAGAUCGGGAUAUACGGCUCUGUUGUACUUUAUAGAAGCAGCCAAAGGUAUACUGUGGACAACUGCAGAGAUGCAUAAACAGGGCAUUGUAUAUGAAACAGCUUGUUUAAGGGAAUUCGAAGAAGUUACCAAUGACCACAAUAUAGAUUACUGCAUAGAUAUGAUAAAGUGUAUCUCAUCACAAAGAGUCUUCAACACAAGCUUGUAUUCGGCUAUAUACGAGUUUACUGAUGUCCUUGAACUCCCCAUGUCAUUCAAAAUACAAUGCCUUUUGAGAACAUAUGAAACAGCUCAUAAAAACCCAAUGCAUCAUCAUCUGUAUCCAAUGGUAGUCGAUUUAAUUAGAAAAUCAUAUUACAAACAUUUCCCCAAGGCCAUAUCAAGCGUUCUACCACCAUGCACUACAGUCAUAUUUGACGAAAAAGAGACGGCAUUCAGAAAUUGUGAUGGGCGUUGUUUAAGCGAUGCAGAAGCAGCCCAUUUAUAUAUCGAUGAAAUCAUGCUACGCAUAAAAGAGGCAGGAGUCAUGGAUACGAAUCACUGCGAAGCUAUAGCGGUAGCACUACAUGGUGAUGAUACGAAUGUGAAACAAACUGCUGAAAUAUAUCUAUCGUACAGCCAAACGCUUCCCACGUAUAGUGAGUUAUACAAACACUAUUGGAAAUUAAGAAAGAUCAUACACGAUCGUUUCGAUACCGUUAACGAUUCUCCACUGAAGGACACCAUCACAUCAUUAGAAAGGGCUUUGGAAAAUCGUUGUCCUGGGAUUCAAUUUAAUUUUGACUGACAAUUGAUGCUGUAUGAUUGAUACUGUUCAUUUCUUAUCGUAAGCAAUCCCUGUUAGCGCAAACCCUGGAUUCCAUGUCUGGGGGAUGAUCAAAA